AUGACGGAGGAGAUCCUUCGAGACCUCAUAGCGGAGGCCGAGUUUCCUGACUCCGUGGAGUUUCGUAUCCCUGGCCAUCUUGAAAGGCCCUACGACGCUCCGGCUGGGUGGAUGUGCGUUUAUGAGUGUAUGUUCACCGAAUUUGGGAUGAACUUCCCUCUGUCUCCUCUGUUUUUGCAAUUUGCGGCUGAUCGUGGCGUCCCUACGAGUCAACUGACCCACGGCGUGGUUCGCCACAUCGUUUUUACCGAGGCCCUGGCUAGAGCCGCCGGAGUUGUAUUCGACCGUCUCUUAUUUGAGCACGUUACUGAUCUCCGGGCUUCGUCGCGAGAGGGAAACUUCAAGCGGUUUCAUACCACGAUGAAGUAUGAUAUUGUUUUCGGGGAUUACCGAAACAAGAUUCAUUGGUGGAAGAAAUAUUUCUUCUUUGUGAAGAUAAACCGAGCCUCAGUCGGGAAGAUCAAAGCUGAUCAGAUUAGGACAGAGUGGGUUAAAUCACCGGGACCGUCCAGGCGAGCGAGACCGAACGGCGAACUCAAGGAGAAGUUUAGGCUGCUGAAGGAGCUCAGCCAUCGAUUGUGGCCUGAGGUAGUGGCGGCGCUUGAGAAGAAAAAGCAAGAGAGGAAAGAUAAGAGGGAGGGGAAAAACAAAUCUGCCAUCCCUGCGACUCCGAUAUCUACGAAGCCAUCCCGUUCUAAGAAGAAAUCGAUGGGUCUUAGGAAGAGAGCGGCCGUGCCUAUUGACGACGUUGUCGUUGCUUCCGAGCCGGCGCCCAAAAAGAAACGGGUCGAGUCCCCCAGACUGAGGGAUUCUCCUCCUUCUCCCCUUCGGAGCUCUUCCAUUGCGUCGCGUACGAGGUAA